AUGAUCACAACGUAUAGAGGAGAGCAGAAUGCCUGCAGAAUCGCCGGAGAGGCAAGCAACAUUACACCAAACGCAGCUGAUCUAUCCAUCAACCUUGAUAUACUCUCGCCGGUUUCGGCCCGGGAGCAGCAUGACUCGAUUGCAAUUCUACGGCACCGCGUGGCCGAGCUCGAAGCCGAACUGCAUCACCAAGUCGACCGAGCCCCGGCCUCGAUGCCGGAUCCGACGUCUCCGAGCGACAGUCAUGCAUACGUAGCCCCGGAUCCGACAUCGCCAAGUCGCAAUCAAGACUCGGACAGCACUCAUGAUACGGUUGUGGAAGAUGCGGCGUCUAUUCUAGAGUUCCUUGCGUGGGGCCGCCGGAAGAAUCCAGACUUGAAUGCGACUGUCACAUCACCCGAGGCCGUGGUCAAUGCCCCUCAUGUCGGUGAUGUUCGCGACACGCACGUUCAGGAAGAUUCACCAAAUGAUGAGGGUAUAGGAUUUGAUGAUCUCAAUCACACCGCCGUGCUGCAGCUCUUGCUACCGGACAAGCGCAGGGUGUGGGAUCUAGUAUUAUGGCAUGAGCAGUGUCUUCUCUGGUACCACUGCUCAUAUUAUGCACCAUCGCUCAAGAAACAGCUAGAGAACUUUUAUGACAGGUGCCAUGGUUCCAUAGAACAUCCAGAAGUCAAUCUGCAAUGGGUUGCAUUCCUCUUUGCAGUCCUCACGGGAAGCAUCACCUGUAUGCCCGCCCGCACAGCCGAGCAGUGGGGAUUCACCGACGAGGAGCGAGAAUCUCUGUCGAAACGCUGGUUUCAAGCCGUUAUCACCUGUCUCAACAAGGCAGACUAUGCUGCCAACCACUCUAUUCUGUCAGUCCAGGCCAUCACGACUCUGACAGUAUCUGCGCAUAUGCUCGGCUUUUCCAAUCUGCAAUCCAUCCACCUCGCCGCGGCAGUUCGCAUAGCUCAGAGCCUCGGGCUUCAUCGCCUAACAUCAGAGACACCUGGUAACGAGACAGAAAAGGAGGCGGGUCGUCGGGUUUGGGCUCAGCUGUGUAGCCAGGACUGGUUCAGUCUCCCUUUUUCAGAAACGUAUCUGAUCAAUCCUCUAUACUCGCGGUCAGAGCUGCCAAGGAACUGCCACGAUAAUGAGUCUUUUGCACUUCCGGACUCUAUACCCACCGUCACUGGCUACUCACGGUUUCUUUACACGAUCGCAGGCAUCAUGCCUCGGCUCCAGGACGGGCUCAUGUCUUGCAAUACGCCUUUCACCCGGUAUGAACAAGUCAUGAAGUGGGACAAGCAAUUGAGGUCGCUGGCGACGAAUGCGCGACCCGCUUACUUGUCGAGUUGCCCACUGGACCCGACUUGGCCCGCGUAUAUACCGUGGGCACGGCGGUCACUUGCCAUUUCAUCUUCGCAUAAAAUCAUUAUGAUCCAUCGCUCUUUCUUGUCCGAGAGCUUUACCAACCAAGCCUUUGCAUUUACUCGAAGAACCUGUCUUGCCGCUUCCAAGACUAUAAUCAAGGAGUACAAAAACGCGGUGGAAGAGGACGGUCCCGUGCUUUGGAUACACCAAGCAUUUUCAGUUGCUGCUUCCAUCAUCCUGAUACUUGAUGUUCUGCACCGAGGGGAGCCGGUUGCCGAAACUGAGCAACACCUACAAUUAGUAGAAGAUGUCUUGCUUAUUCUCAAAAGGUGCCGCAACAGUAUGAUUGCUGUUAGAGGGGUCAAGCUCAUUUCGGCACUGCUCACUGAGGUGGCUUCAAUGUCGGCCCGGAACGACACAAGCAGGAAGCGACGUGCAGAUGAUGACGCAGUGGAGCCAAUCGUCCGGUCUCACAAGCGGAGGCGCACCUUUAAUGUCGCCGAGUUUGUCAAGACUUUUUGCUCAGACAAUGCUGCGCGGGCACCUUCAAAUACUCAACUGACGGCGGCGACGAAUCCGCCGUCGCAGCCGCAUACAUCCGACUACUUUUACGAAAAUGCGGCAUUUGAUGGAACGAGCUUUGAGAAUCUCUUGUAUUUAGCGAACCAAGACUUUUGCUCAUUUUAA